GGCUCAGUUGGGAACAGUUUCCAAAACUGUCUUACACACACAUUACAUCAACAUAAGCUAGUGAACAAUAGCACUGUAAAUUCAUAUAUUUGUAUUUCUUUCGGCCUCUCUUCAAAGCCAUCCACAAAAUUCAGACAAAGUAAUAAUCCAAUCCGAAAAGUCCAGAACCAAAAUCCAGAGGUAUCCAUACUGUGAUGUUACCCACCAGGCAGACCAUGACACAGGUACACAGGGCGAUCCACCUCAAGAGAUCGCUCCAACUGGCCGGAAGGCAGGCCGAGAGUGGAAAGAAGGUGAUACGGAAGGUGAACGAGUCCUUGGGCGAGCAAGGCAUUCAGAAUCCCGAGUACCAUCGUGCUCCGAAUUGCUAUGUGCAUAACUUCAAAAAUCAUCAGAUGCAGAUGCUACGUCGUGACAAUGUCCAGAACAUUCGCUGCAGCAAUCCCCACUACCGUUGGGCUGACUUCCGCAGGCGAAUGGUCUAUGGGAUAUAGGGCGAAAUGCUUUUAGAUAUGAAGUUUGCAGUAAGAACCCGAACCUAUGGGCACGAACCUUGCCAGAAACACCUUGGAAUCCAGGGACAAGCAACCGUUAAAAUGUUCAACCGUUCAAUAUUAAUAAAUCUGAAUAUAUUAUAGCAGUAAUAAAGUAAAAAAGUAAAGGGAG